AUGUGGUCUGAGGGACGAUGUGACUAUGAAAGACUUCCACGAAAACGAGUACCUCCUCAAAGUCACCCCAUUGAAGGCUACCGCAAUCUAAUUAAUAUUGUGCCAAAGAAACCACUGCUAGACAGACCCGGUGAAGGGUUCUACGGUAGAUAUUACCGCCAUGUUGAUUACCAAGAGUAUGGCGACGGCCGCCGUUUUUCUCGUGAUCGAAGAAGUGGUCCACCUCACAGAGGAGAUAAAUCUGGCUAUAAUUGGUCAAGAGAUGAUCACUCUUCAAGUCGUCAGCCUGGAUACAGGGGCAUGAGAGGCGGCUUUAAAAGAAAAAGUUUCUACGGUUCAUGGUAUGUGAGAGGCCGAUCUCCUCAUAAAAGAGAAAUUCCUUUUUUCAGAGGCUCUCCGGUUGGUCGAAAGGAGCCUUUUUUCAGAGGCUCUCCCAUUGGUCGAAAGGAGCCUUUUUUCAGAGGCUCUCCCGACCCCAGAUCUCGCUCCAGUGUCAAUAGUAGGAGCUACUCGUCAGGAAGAAGCAAAACUUCCUUUUUCCAUCGGUCUCAGGAUAGAAGUAAAGAAAGACCUGUUCAUUCUUCGAAAACAUCAAGAUGCGCAUCGUCAAAUUCUUCAGCGGUACCUUCAUCAAAGGUGUUAGACAAACCCAGUAGGGUAACCGAAAAGUCACUUACUGAUGCUGCAAGCAAGUGGGCUGCUGAAAAGCUAGAGAAGGCAGGUGAAAGUAACGUACCUGAAAUUUAUGAGUAUGACAAGGCGGGAUCCACGGCACCACUGUUCAUUGACCAGCCAGAAAGACCUGAGUCAAAAACAACAGAUGGCAUAGAAUUAUUUGAAGACGGUCGGCUAAGCAGUCGCUAUAAAGCAAUAGCAGCAAAAACCAAAAUGAUCGAACAAGUUUACCAACAGGACUGUGAAACUUUCGCGAUGGUUGUAAAAAUGUUGGUUGAAAAAGAUCCUUCACUAGAAAAGCCUAUACAGUUUGCACUGAGACAGAAUUUAUAUGAAAUGGGUCAGCGGUGUGUUGAAGAAUUGAAGCAUUUCAUCGCAGAGUAUGACACUUCUAGUCAAGAUUUUGGAGAGACUUUUUAG